GCAAGGACACCACAGGACUAGAAAGACAGCAGGCACACAGAAUACACGGACAUUUCAAGAACGCAGUGAACUGACUGACUAACGCAAGAGAGAAAUCUCAGAAGAUUGAUACUGAAGGAGAAACAUUAGAGAGUUAGGUACAUCAAGACCCUGCUGCUUGAAUAGAAUGGAUUAUGCCAAGAAGUCUCUCAAUCUGUUCUCACCUUCUCUCUCCAAUAUAUCGAACAGAUGUGUAGCAGCCAGCGCAUCUGUCCUUCCCAGUUUUAACCCGCGUCCCAGACCGUUCCGGGUCACCAACUCAGACCGGUCUGUAAAAAAAGGCAUUAUGGCAGAUGGACUGAGAGACUUACUGAACAAGACGAUGGAUGCGUUCAGUGUGUCCUGCGUGGCAGGCCUGGUGCUGGAUGAGGAUGGGACAGGAGUUGACACAGAGGACUUCUUCCAGACCCUCAAGGACAGCACUGUGCUAAUGGUCUUGGAGAAAGGACAGAAGUGGACACCUCAACAGAGUAGUCAAUUUGAGGGUCAAGCUGCGAAGCGCAAGACACAGCAUAGGAAGGACCUGGCCAAACUGACCCUCGACUUUUACAAAAACCAUCCAAAGGAAUUUAUCGGCUGCCUGAACGUACAGAUGUGUCUGUAUGGGAUGUACUCUGUGUCAUACAAUCUGCAGUGCUACCAUGCCAAGAGGAUGCUGAGGGAGGCUCUAAGAUGGACUCUGUUCAGCAUGCAGGCCACUGGCCAUGUUUUGCUGGGUACAUCUUAUUAUAUGCAACAUCUUAUCGAUGAGGAUGAGAAAGCUGAGGCACAACUGACCGCUUCCAGAAACACAAACAAACCAUUACAGGCCAUCCAGUGGAAGAAACCAGCAGCUGACCACUGAAACUAGAAACCUGGGAGUUUGAAAGCUUUGGCUUUGCCUAAGCAUAUGGCUUGGAAAUCCCUGUUGCAUCAUGUUACCUAUGUUAGUGGACUAUAAUACUGGUUUUUGCUAUGAGAGUAACCAGGCAUACACUGUACUUGUUAUAUUUUGCUAUUUGCACAUAGAUAUUAGUUUUAGAUACACUUAUAUGUCUGUCAAACAAUGGAGUUUUUAAAUAUUUAUUCAUAUUUUCAACUGCUCUGAAUUACUCACAAUUUGUAUUGAUACUGAUUGUUGUGCCUAUUGUAUUAUUGUAUUACUCUGAGAUUCUCACCCAGCCUUCUGAUCCAAGUAUAUUUCUGCAUAUAUGAGUCUGAAUUUGCAUGUGUGGGUGUGCAUGGAGAAGGAAGAAUGAGGAGGGAAGGGGAUGACAUGCUUGUCUAACUGGCCUGGGCUGUAAUUGGCCAACGAACGGGUGCUUUCCUUAAUCCCACAUCAGCCUGUAAUUGCCUCUGAGGGAAAGUGCAAAGCCUGGUGGGAUAGAGACAAACGGAAAAAACAAGACGGAGAGAGAGAGAGAGAGAGAGAGAGAGAGAGAGCAUGAGAUCAUUACCAGAUGUAGGAAGGGAGGAGGUGAAAAAGCAGGGUGGAGGGCAUGAGAAACAGAGAUAAACGAAGAGAGGAGAAAUAUAGAGCUACAGAAAGAAAGAAGGAGAGAAUGAGAGAGAUUGUAGAAAGGCACAGCUGGAGGGAGUAAAGUGGAGGAGACGGAAAUGAUCCCUUUCAUUGAGAGGAGAGUGGAUGACGCAUUUGGAUCCUGCACCCACCACUCCAAACCACUCAGUGUCCUUUCCAAAUUGUUCCCAUUCACUCGCACAACACUCCAACCACAGCUUCACCACCAACUGGUCAGUUUGUUCGUGGUGAACUGAUUGAGAUCAAAAGACUGUGAGACAUGUCAAGAUUUAAUGAAUGUUCCUAUAUCUCGGAGCUGAAGCAUUUAAAGGCAGAGGACAAUAUGUUAAUAUUUGUGUCGUCCCAAUUCUCAACUGCAUUAAUGUAAGAUUGCUCUCUCGUUCAAACAGCUGCUCGAAGUUAUUCUACAGUAUAGACGUGCCUGAGUCCCAAACACCCUGGAGCACACGAGACAGCUAAUCAAGGUCUAAAAUCACUGAAAUUUCCAAGUCAGGUGUGCUCUAUAGCAGGAUAUGAGUGCUCCAGGAGCAGGCAUGUGCUUUUUUUUGACCAUAAAAUUUUAUCCUUGCACAUGUCACUGAUGUGUCCAGGUUUUUUGACAUUUAGACAUGGGUUGGCAAUGGAAGCUAAUUAUAGUUUGACAGUACUGCUUUUACAGAAUAUCUGAUUUGUUUCUCUGUGCAGACUAAAUAGCUGCAAAAGUCCAUCUCUGUAUAGUUUUCAUACUUGUUCUUUCAUUCCUAUUACUUGAGGGAUUUUUAUUUCAUGUACCUACAAUUGUUAUUUAAAAAUCCUUGAGCCAGAUGUUGUAUUAGGGCUGUACGAAUUGCAUAGGAGUAAUAAAACUCAUCAAGAUAUGGGAUUUGAGGCUAGAAUUGGAGUGACAGUUAAGAUGCCAAAGCAACCAAUCACAAUCA